AGCCAAGAACGUUCAUUUCAAAGCUCUACGGGAUUUUAGAAAUGUUGGGUGAAUAUAUUGGAAUAGUUUAGUAAUUCAUCUUCACGCAACGUGUUGCCUUGUUGCAUGGUAGUACUUGUUACCAUUUUGAUAUGGAAAAGAGCCGCAAAAAUCCCUGCCUUGGUAAAGGAUUUUGUAAGCGUGUUUAUCAGUUAGACGAACUAUCACUCAUAGGCCUCUCUCAAAUCUUUCUACAAGAAAAACAUUCAGUAACUCUCACCUAGCCUGUUCAUUCGGGGCCAGUUGCUUCCUUUCCAGCACUCGUCAUCGAGUCCAAAGGCUUGCCUAGCCAGCCAAGUCAAACUAACAAACCUGUACAGUCGCCUUGCGAAGUGACCAAGCACAUUGGAACGACCGAGGUAAAGCAUCACAAAACAAAGAUGCCCAGAAAAUCAAGACGUCUUAAACCCGGCACCAGCAAGAAUGAAAUGGAGGAGAAAGACGCUGUCUCAGAGUCCCAAGGCUUGCCCAGCAUGGCGAGUCAAACCAACAAGCCUGGAACAUCGCCUUCCGAAAUGAACAAGCCCAUUAAAACGGCAAAGGUGGAGCUACACAAAGCGGAGAAGCCCUGGAAACCAAGUUGUUUAAAAUCCAGCACAACUAUCGAAACACAAGAUAUGUCAAUUAAAACGACUGAGGUGGGGCUACACAAAGCGAAGAAUCCCUGGAAACCAAGACGUCAAAAAUCCAGCGAUAAGGAAUUAAAGGACCUAUACAAGAAGACACUAAGCAUCCUGAACAAGCUGACACUGCACAAGUUCCAGGUUCUCGUGUCACGGAUGAAGACUCUUAAGAUUGACACGAAAGAUAAACUGAAGGGUGUCGUUGAUCUUGUCUUUGAGAAGGCCAUCUGUGAACCGUACUUUAGUGAAGUAUAUGCCAACAUGUGUAAAUGUCUUUCGAAGCUAAGAGUCAAGUCCGACUGGAAGACGGUUACAUUUCGAGACUUGUUGUCGGAGCGUUGUCGCAUUGAAUUCAAAACAAAAUACCAUCAAAUUCCGGUUUUGUCAUCAAACGCGAGGAAAUCGCCUAAAUGUAAAGAUGAUAGUAGAACAGAAAAAGCCAAUGAAGAAGUCAAGGCAAAGCACAGAUCUCUAGGAAACGUGAGGUUUAUGGGGGAAUUAUUCAAGUUAAAGAUUAUUUCUCAAAAUAUUAUGCAUGAUUGCGUGUUCAAAUUACUACGGGCUAAGGACCCUGAGAGUUUAGCGAGUGUGUGUAGGCUACUAACAACUAUAGGAAAAGAACUUGAUACAGUCAAGAACAAGCCUCGUAUGGAUCAGCAUUUCCAACAGAUGGCCAAACUAGCUAACGAUAAAAAGAACACUGCAAGAGUUAGAUUUAUGAUUGAAGAUGUGAUAUCUGUAAGAUUAAACAAGUGGAUACCUCAAUGUUCAAACAAAACCCCGCAAACCAUCGACCAGAUCCACUUAGAAGUCGCACGAGAAAGGCAUGUGGAGAAACUACAGAAGUCACAGAAGGGAGCAUUAGGUAAUUCCGAGGAAGACUUUUGUUUGCGAAAUCCGGGCACGAGACACGCAUUGGGAAAUCGGCGUGGCAGGGGCGGGUUUGAGAGCCCUCGGAAUUUCAGCGCCAGACGAUUACAGAAACAGGAAAGCGAGAAGGCUGCCGCAAAUUUAUCAGCAUUGGGUAGGUCCGAGGAAGAAUGUGGUCAGCGAAUCCCGGUCACACACCUCACACGUGGUAAAGGGCGUGAUGGAGGAGGGUUUGCGAGAACAAAAAUAAUACAGGGUCACACGGAGGCUGCUCAAUGUUUUGUUGAAAAGGGUCCGGAUAACACAAAAGACGUUAACAGCACCCCCGCUACACGAACGAAUUGCCUUACACUGACAGAAAUUGCGGACCGCCUCCACGAUAUUAUCGUUGUGCGACAGGAGGAUAACGAGACGGUAUUCAAUUGGAUCGAGUCUAAUGUUGAACAUGCAACCACUGCGAAGUCUCAGUUUAUAAGGGAGCUUAUGAUUGCAGUGUGUCAAAGUGCUAUUACAGGUGAAAAGGGCAAUGAGAAACUAGUACCAAAGAAUAUCAGCAGACGUAGCAACCUGCUACAGAAGUACCUCAACCACAAGGCUUUGUUCGAACUCCAAGCAUUGUUUGCCCAGCAGAUGCUUGUUUCCGGGCUUGAACGACAACAUGGUCUUCUCCGGGGUUACUUCGACAUCUUUUACGACGAGGAUAUAAUCACGGAGGACGUGUUCAGUGAGUCGGAGGAGGGCGAGAACGAGCCGGAGGGGAAGACUACGGCCCUUGAACAAGUUGUUCAAUUCUUGGAAUGGCUGAAAGAGGCCAGGGCAGACAGUUGAGAAAUCCCAUGUAUUUCAGAAUCAACACUUAAGAUAAAUGCAUGUAUGAAUAGCUGUGCCAACUUAUCAAAUAACUUAUAGUACGUCCGAGGUUUGGAAUUCUUUGCUCUUAGUCGUAAUGCGAUCAUUUGAAACAAUGAAUAUAUAUAGUAAGACUGGAAAUGUGUAUCGACAAUUACAAGGUUAAAUCUCAAUAUGAUUUCUGAUACAUGCUUAGUUUUCAAUUGUAUUUGUUAUUGUAUGCUCAUUGAAAGGAUGGUUCAUUCAAUCAAGUUCACCUAUGUCGUUAAAACAUGGACAUUUUGAUAUCAAUAUAUUUGUUCUCAUAUAUCAUAUGGUCAGUGCUUUUAAAAGGAAGUUUCUCAACUUGUCUUUUAUGCUUUUUUAAUUUUUUGAACAUUUAUUGUUGGGAUUGUUUCUGAACGUUGUCAGAAUAUUUUUGUUGCUUCUGUAUCGGUCAGUUAUUAGAAGGUUACUAUUGUAGUGGUAUUUCACCUGAUAAUUGGUUUUUAUUGUUAUAGUCCUUCCUAUGGAUGAAAAUAUCUAAAUUGAAAGGCCAAAUGCCAAAUUGUUUCGACUAACUACAUGCACGUAUAAACCUUAAGGCAUUUAGUCAGAUAUUAUUUUCGACGAGCAAUCUUUCACUGUUCUGGGCCCAGAAGUAGAAGAAGAGAAAGAAACAAAUGCUCAGCACAUAGGUAGGAAAAUGCCUGGCACCAAACCAGUACAAAGAAAAGGCGCCAGUUUUGCAUAAUAUCUGGGCACAUGCAUACCACAAACUAUCCAGGCGCCAAACUAUGAAAUAAGGCAUUUAAUUAGUAAAUGGUCUGACUCCUAGAAAUAACUCAUCUAUAAAAGAGUUGGCCUUACCACAAGCAUUUUUUUCAUUUUUGACGAAGUUGAAAGGGGAAACAAGAUGGUUUUGCAGGUCACAGGUGAUUGCUAUAAGAUGUGAGCAAAGAAGGUUUUAAACUAAUGGUACAAUGUUCUUGUUUUGUAAGUGUUUAAAUUUAAGUUGUGAUAUUGUUGUAAGUUUUUUUAUGUGCAUAUUUUAUUGAUUGACAUAAAUUGAAAUAGAACGGAAUAAUUGCAAUGUUGUAAAAACCUAUAUAUUUGUUACUUUACGGCAAAUUUUGCCAUUAACCUAAUCAUUUAACAUUUUCAUAUUACCAGGCGGAAUCAAUAGAAUGCCACUAUUUAAAUUACAUUUCAAUUUUAUCUAUUCAAUUUAAGCAAAACUUUAUUUGUCUGCCAAAUUUGGUAUAUUACCAGAUUAUGUUAUUAUGAUGUUUUUUUCGCAUUUGUUUCCAAAUAAAAAGGUCUAAGAAUGGAAUAUAUAUAUAUAACAAGAGAAUAUAUUAAUUCCAACACCAAAACAAUGGUCAACAAUGCUUAAGAAAUAAUGUGUUAAUCUUAAUUCAAAGUGAAAUCAAGUUAUAAUGUCUACUCAAAGUUAUAAAUGUAAAGUAUUCAAACGUAUUGUUAAAAAUAGUUUUGUAUUUCUGUUUUGUAAAUGGUUUUGAAAUUCGGCCUUUAAACUGAUGGAUCAAUUAACAUAAAGAACAUGUCAGUUAUUUCGAUGAAUACUGUUGCAUACUCGGUUUUCUAUACUUUAUGCAGUUGUAACCUUAUUUUUGGUUUCGAAUAUAUCAUUGUUGAAUGUUAAUAGAUUUUCUUUUUAGACCUUAAGUUUAGAUGUAUCAUAUUCGCAUCGAAAGAUACUUAUUUUUAUUUACACUUGUGCAAACUUGUACGUGUCUGUAUAACUUCAUUAUAAUAAUGAGAAAAUGCAUUUUUAAUGUAUAUGAUUUAACAUAGUAUUCCCAUUUAAAUAUUACGAUAUUCAUUGUUGUUGAAGCAAUAAAAUUAUUAAUUUGUUUCGAUGCUAGCUGUUGCCUGUCAUAACACUCCGAAUAUUAAUAUUAAUAUUCUAUGGAUUCAAUAUCUGAAUUACGGAGUCCAAAUAUUAAACUAAAAUCGAUAAAAUUGAUUUAAAAUUUAUGUUUUAGUUGAUACUGCUCGCAAAAGAAACACAACAAUAAAACUACGCAAGAUAGAGUCAAUUGUUGAUAUGUAUAUAACACCUUCAAUGUCUUCUCAUUUUAUUUAUUGUGUUUUUCAUUUGCGUUUGUUAAAGCUUCGGUUAAUUUAAAUUCUGAAGCCGAUUUUACGAAGUGCGGAACGAACGCGUCUUUGAACUCAAUGCGUCUUUCAGGCAGCCAUUAGAGGCUUAAAUAAUUUGAAUACCUUUUCUUGUUAUUCUGAUUCAUUAUGCGGUCUGACUGAUGGAAAUAAACUUAUUAUCUAUA